AUGAACAAAGUUUUGAAAUCUCAUAAACACAAUAUCUCCGAUAUAAAUGAACUUCAAGCUACAUUAAAUAGUAAAGCCGACAAGAACCAUACACAUAAAUCCUUCACUACUGUUAGAGCAGACGACAUAAUAUUGAACUUUGACCUUGGUUCAAGUGCACCAUUAGAGAAUCCGAGUACAAGCGUAAAAGAUACUCUUAACAAUUUAGAUAAGAGUUGCAGGAAUAUCGAAGAUCAUGCCAGAAACUUUGAAGCAUAUGAACUACCCGCAAUGUUAGAUAAGAAAGCAGACAAAACUUAUGUGGAUGCAGAACUAACAAAGAAAUUUUCGAAACCAGAUACAAUGAUAUUUACAACAGAAAUUAUAAAUGGUGAACCAGCAACUCCAUUUGAAUUUGUUAGAGGUCUUCAACCAGAUACUUUUGAAUUUUUCUUGGAUAAUUCUAUUGAACUAACAUUACAUUAUAAAAGUGGAACAAAUGCAACAUUUCAUCCGGGAGAUACAUUCCAAAUGGUAUUUAAUGACAUAAGUUCUUUAGAAUAUGUUUAUAGAGUUAUGAGCAUAUAUGAUUUAAUAUAUCCUAUAGGAGCUGUUUAUACGUCUAUGAAUCCAAUAAAUCCAAACACUUUAUUUGGUGGUAGAUGGUAUGAAAUAGUUGACAGUUUUCCAUUCUACACUAAUACGCAGUCAAUGAAGAUGGGAGGUUCAAAGAAAAUAGGUAUUGAAAACCUUCCUUCACAUAUGCAUAGGUUCAGUGGAAGAACAUCUGUGGAAGGAAACCAUUCACAUUCAAUAACAAAAAGAGGUUAUAUAAAUCUUGCAGCGGGUUCGAAUAGACAGGGAAUGAACAGAUAUGAUAUCUCAGAUGACCCCAAAGAU